AGUUUCGAUACCCAAACAAGAUUAAAUUUUAGGCAGUUUUGAUAGUUGGAUCGAUCCGUCGAACGUGAUCGAAUACGUGUGUGUGCGCAGGAUAAAAAUGAAUCGAAAUAGUCCAAAUUUGUAGUGAAUAAUUUGUGAACCAUGCGUCGUUCCUCCUCUCCAAAAAGGUGUUGCGACACCUCGUUCAACCGCGACGCUGCUCCGAAUAGAAGCUCGAGUCGCUCAAGACUGAAUACCACGGAGCAGUUGCAGCACCGAGACAGCGAGUCUCGAUUCGCGAAUGGAUUAGAAUCGGUGCGCAGUUACGCGUCGUGCGUGCCCUACGCUAUUUUUCACUGCUGCACUCUCGGCUACUUCAGAAGAACGAGGCCUGCAGCAGCCAAGUCGCGUUUCUCGUCGGCCUACACGACCAGUCUGCUGAAGAAACGCCUGAACGAGGGCUCGUUGUGGCAAAAGUAUCUGCGAGGAUGGUCGGCCGAGCUGGUGAAAAAUCUCUACCUGAUGAUCAUCAACGUCCUGCUGCUGGACGUGUGGCUGCUGAGCAGAGCCGAUAAGUGGCGGCGCGGGCUGUUGCAGCGGGAAAAAUACAAACUCCUGAGUGCCUUGAUCGUCGUGCCGAUAGCUUAUCUGAGUUUGUCGUUCAUCGCGUCGGCACCGAUCGUAGGAGUUGAACCCGAGCCUUCAGGUUUCAGUCAACAGAUUUCGGAGACGGCACAGAUGUUGGCGGUCCUUCAAGAUUUGCAGCUGCGUUUAGACAACAUCGGAGAAAAACAGUCUCGAACAAAAGUAUAUCUGGCUGCUUUGAAACAAAAGUUGGAGGAGUUACCGAGGGACAAAGUUCUGAACGAUAACUUUGAUAACGAAAAUUUAACAUCGAUCAGAGCUGAAUUUCAGACUCUGAAGCUCAUCUUCGAGCAGCUCAAGAAUCACUGUACCGCUCCCACCAACGACGAAAUCAUGAGACGACUGAUCGAUCGUCAGAUGUCGACCUACUUCGGGGAAUCCGUGACGCGCGACGAAGUGAUCCGACUCUUGAAGCGAAUACUCGACUCGAUCGAUCGUCGAAACGACUCCAGCCUCGUCGUCGGCGUCCAGGACGUCGAGCGAAUCUCCCUGGAAGAAUUGAGCCGAUACCGCGCCGACAAGACGGCCCGGGUCGACUACGCGGUGGAGUCGUCGGGCGGCGAGGUGGUCUCGGUGCUGCCGAGCCGCUGCAACGACGCCCACGGCCGUCACGGCUUCCCCAAGGCCGUCUUCACGAUUCUCGGCAUUCCCGUGCACGUGCACGACGUCAACAAUCCCCGACUGGUGAUACAGGCCGGGCCCCUGUACGUGGGCAAGUGCUGGGCCUUCCGGGACUUCCAGUGCCGGCUGCUGUUGAAACUGUGGCGGCCCGUCAGGGUGACGGGUUUCAGCCUCGAGCACGCGCCCAGGUUGAAUCUGCCCAACGGCGACAUGUCCAGCGCUCCGAGGGAGUUCAGCGUCGAGGGCUUGGUGUCGCCGGACGAUGAAAAUCCUGAAAAUCUCGGAGACUAUCAGUUCCUCGAACUGGAUGACAAUCUCCAGUACUUUUCAGUAAAAAAUAAUACCACAUCGUCGGUUAUGCAUCAGUACGUGCGACUGCAAAUACACAGCAAUCACGGCAAUUCGGAUUACACCUGCCUUUACAGAUUUCGAGUGCAUGGCGAUGUGCCAAACACUUGAUCAUUGAAUUGGGACUCGUACAGUUGAUUGUGCACAUAAUGAUUUGAAAAAAGAUUUCUAAUGUGUAUCAAAUCUUUGUGAAAAGUUAAAUUUGUUGAGUGUUUUCCCGGAAAUAAUUUCCGACUAGAAGAAAGCUUUGUUAUUGAUGUGGUCUCUUUUGGACCCAAAAAACCGUUCAAAAAAUUUUGAUUUUGUUUAGUAUCGUCAGUUUUCACGAUUUUUUUGCUAAGUUUAAUCAGUUGUGCUUCUGUUAUAAUAAAUUAUUUAAUUGUCAUUAUCUGUUCUCAUUUAUCGAAGUCAUUAUUGAUCAUUUUUACAUUUUAAUAUUGCUUUAGUGUAUUACUGUAAUUACAUUAAAAUUUUAAACUGAGGUAUGUUUUGCAUCCCAGGACAACUAAAGACUGGGCACAAAAGAAUCCUUUUGAAAAUUGGUAUCAUCAUAUUUAAAUCAAGUAGGAAUCCUAUGAAUGAAAAAAAU